UACAAAGAAUAUUCAUAUGUUAGAGCUCUCGUUGUUGUUCGAGACUCGAGAAGGAACCAUCAGUGUGCAACUAAUAUCCGAAGUUAUGAGAUUCCUUCCUAUGCAUUUUUAAACUCAUCUGAUUUAUUGGAGAAUUACAAAUUUGGGAUCUGGUUCAAAUGGCCUUCAUCAUGUGACACCACUACUUUUGAUUGAUAAAAAGCAACUAUGGGUAACGUUUUUCAGGUCCACCAAGUCACCUGUCUGGUAUAUUUGCUUCUUAAUUUUCCAUAUGUUUGAAGGAAGCUUAAAAUUAGUUGUCUAUCCACCUAGGUAGUGAAUGCAUUCCUUCUGUAAACAAGCAUUAGUUGAUAGAUUCCUCUACAAUUCUUUUUUUCUUUUCAGAAGAUGACAAUUUAUAUUCCUGUAACGUUGCAGAACUGAACAAUAUUUGUGUUGUUGACACUAUUUUUUUAGUAAUAACUCUCUUUCUCUUUCAGAUAUUGAUGUGUCUUCCAAGGUGUGCACGUCUUAAGACCAUUGUUAGCUUCGGAAUGGUAACUGGUGAACAGAAAAAGGAAGCUGAAAAUGUUGGAGUAUCUUGCUUUUCAUGGCAGGAAUUCGUUUUCAUGGCAACUGUGAACUGCAAACUUCCACCUAAGAGAAAGGAUGACAUUUGCACAAUAAUGUACACCAGUGGGACAACUGGUGAGCCAAAAGGUGUGAUAUUGACAAACAAAGCGAUCAUAGCUGAGGUCAUCAAUAAUGAACAUCUGCUUCGUGAGACUGAUAAAGUGUUUACAGAGGAAGAUUCAUACUUGUCGUUCCUUCCAUUAGCACAUGUCUUUGAUCAGAUAAUGGAAAUCUACUGCAUCUAUAAGGGUGCCUCCAUUGGAUUUUGGCAAGGGGAUGUUAGGUAUUUGAUGGAGGACAUCCAGGAACUAAAGCCUACAAUAUUUUGUGGUGUUCCUCGAGUUUAUGACCGUAUAUAUACAGGCAUCAAUCAGAAGAUCUCAUCUGGAGGACUGUUAGCAAGGAUGUCGUUCCAGUUUGCUUAUGUCUACAAGUUGCAGAAACUGAGGAGAGGGUUCAAACAAGAUGAAGCAUCGCCGUCCAUCGACCGUCUAAUCUUCAACAAAAUCAGACAAGUCACAGGAGGCCGUGUGCGCAUAAUGAUAUCUGGAGCUGCACCAUUGCCGAGGCAUGUGGAAGAGUUUCUUAGAGUAACCACAUGCAGUGUAGUCAUACAAGGAUAUGGUCUUACGGAAAGCUGUUCUGGGUGCUUCACUUCCAUAGCAAAUGUAUUCUCCAUGAUGGGAACGGUUGGGGUUCCUGCUGCAACUAUAGAGGCAAGACUUGAGUCAGUGUUGGAACUGGGGUAUGAUGCACUCUCAGAUGUACCCCGAGGAGAGAUUUGCUUGAGGGGGAACACAUUGUUCUCUGGCUACCACAAGCGCGCAGACCUCUUAGAUGAAGUUCUUGUGGAUGGUUGGUUUCAUACAGGUGAUAUCGGAGAAUGGCAACCCAAUGGUGCAAUGAAGAUCAUAGACAGAAAGAAGAACAUCUUUAAAUUGUCCCAAGGAGAAUAUGUUGCUGUGGAAGUCCUCGAAAACACAUACAUGCAGUGUCCUCUCGUCGCCUCGGUUUGGGUCUACGGAAACAGCUUCGAGUCCUUUCUUGUGAGCGUCGUUGUUCCUGAGAAGAACUCAUUAGAGGAAUGGGCAGCAGCCAAUAAGGCGAAAGGUAGCUUUGAACUGUUGUGCAAGCAUCCUGAAGCAAGGAAGCACGUUCUCGAGGAGCUCAAUUACACUGCUCGCAAACACCAACUAAAGGGAUUCGAGAUGUUGAAAGCAGUUCAUCUUGAGCCAAGACCAUUUGACAUGGAGAGGGACCUCAUCACUCCGACCUUCAAACUGAAGCGGCCGCAAUUGCUCAAACAUUUCAAGGAAUGCAUUGAUGGGCUUUACCGAGAAGCUAAAGUUCUCUAAAUUGGACAAGUAGGCACUCGUAUGCGACGCUCAACUUGAAAUGCUUGCAAGUUCAAUAAUCAGUCAUGGUAGGAUCUCUCUUCCUACCAUGUUUAGAAGCAAUCAUGAAGUGGAGGAAUAUAAUUAAAAGAACAAAAUAAGUAUGUUUUUUGGGUAUUCCUUUGUAAUUGUUGCCUUGAUACUCUUACAAGAAAUUGCUUUAUCAUCAGCAAGUUUC